AUUCUAUAGUUUAUUUGCAUUCCACAUUUUAUUAAAAGUUGGAAUAAUUGUGGAUACGGUUUGAAAAUUUGUAUGGCAUGUUCAAUAUUUUAUUGAAAAUAGCUUACGUAAAUAUGUUGAAUUUUGUCCAGCUAAUUUAUCGAUAGGUAUGCCGAAAGAAAAAGAAAGCAAAAUUAAAUGGGAAAAAAAUCGAAGACAUCGUUUAAAUGAAGCUUUCAAUAAUCUAAAUAAAGUUCUGCCUUGUUUUGAUCCUUCAGUAAAACUUUCUAAAAUUGUUAUUAUUGAAAAUGCCAUAUCCACUAUAAAGGAUUUGGAUGAAAAGGUGAAGAAAAUUUUAUCGUCCGAAAGUGAAAAAGAUGACACCAAAGUUGAAAUUAUUACAAAAUUUGAAUCAAGAAUUAAAAAACUUCAUUUAAGAAAUGGAUUUUUGAGUAAAGUUAUUAAUGAUGCUGGAAUCAAAAUUCCCGCUGGAUAUGGCACCAUCAAGAAGCGGUUGCCAAAGUUGUCAAACAAAAUCACACCGCAACAAGCAAAAUUUUUGCAGGAAAAAGCAGAUAUUGAAAAAGAAAAUGUUGCUAUACGCAAUAGAGCACCUCCUAGGAAGAAAAAGGCAAAAAUCAAUGACACUUCACCUCUCAGGAAAACAUUAGUGGAUAGCUUGAAGAAUAAGACAGUUAUUUAUAAAAGCAGGCGCAAAUUUAACCAAGUUCCUAAUCAAAAAUGUGUAAUUAUUCUCUCUCAGCCUGGACCUGUAAAUAAUCAGUGUUAUAUUAUAGCAGGAAACUCAAAGAAAAAAACACCAACAGUAUUGACAAAUUCCACACUGCUUCGAGCUCCGCUUGCCACUCCAAGUGUUAAGCCAUCGAUAUUCCCAAAUGCACCAGUCCAAGGCCUUGGUCCCGGAACACUGGUAUUAGCAAAUGGAACUGUUUUUCCCAUUAACCAAAACCCCCAAUCAAUAUCCACUCCGACUAUAAUUACCACUCCAAUUCAAAAUAAUUCAUCAGCAGUAAUUAUUGUGUCAAAAUUUCCAACAACAAACACGAGCAACAAAGUCGUAGUGUCCCAGUCCCUUACUACGUGUCAAAAUGUCAUCUACAAAAAUAAUGUGGCUAGGAAAGAUUCUUUACCAAAACUUAAACCAAAGUCAUGGUUGACUCAGACAACCCAAGUGAUAAAACUCCCCAUACCGGCACUGACUUCAAGAUAUAAUUCGGUGCAACAUUUAAAAAAUAGCGGUGUAGAAAAAAAAAAGUCUUUUAAAGGAACAACUGUUAAAGAUAAAGUUAAAUCUAGCGACAACCAAGAGUUAAAGAAAAGAAAAUCUGAUUUAGAUACAAAAACUAAUAUAAAACGACCAAAAAAUGAUUCUCUUGAGGAGUCCACUAGCGAAGGUAGCGGUUUAGUAGAACCACCUUGUACCAUAUCUAGUAUAGCACCCAGCAAUCAAGUAAUAGACCAGGAAAACAUUGUUAAACCUGUGUUGGAAGCUGCAAUUCUUUCGGAUGUCGGUCGUGAGAGUAAACAAACAAAUUUGAAUUCUAAAAUUGACUGCUCAAGUGAAUUGUUGCCGACUUCUGAAUCCGGAGUUUCAACAAGUCAAACGGAAGAAAUCAGUGAUCAAACAAAAGAUAAAUCAAAUUUUGUAGAUACUGUAACUGCUGUGCCUUCCUGCCAACAAGAGAUCAUUGAAAAUGUCAUGUCAGAUAUGUGUAAUACUGAACACGCCGCGUUGCAAGAAACAUCAAAUGUUGUCACUGUUGAAGAAGAAAAACUUAAUACAGACCUUCCAGUCAUGGAGACGGUCGAUAUUGAAGCACCCACAACUCAAACUGCAACUGAAGGGAUUAAAAAUAUUGAUAUUAAUCUCGCACAUUCGGAUCUCUCCAAUGAUAUUUUCGCUUCCUUGCAAGUACCGCCUGGUUGUCAGAAUCCAGAGUCGACAUCACCUACUGCGGCCUUUUUGUUGGCAUUCCCGCUUGUUUCUACAGGAGCAAAAGUAACGGAAGUUAUCGACGAAGAGAACCAGUGCGACAGUCAGUCAGAGACGCCUAAUUUGCUUCAGAUAGGCUCUUUGGAUUCGUCCAAGCCUAAGCAAGGCAACGCCGAAAAUCUUACGCCUAGCCUUUUAAAUAUAGAUAAUUUUUCGUUCUUCUCCAGCAAGGAAAUUUGCGGCGGCUUUUACAAUUCUUAUAAUUCCACGUCGACUAACUCCGUUGGUAAUAGUAACGCUAACGCAAUAAAAGACGUAAUUUCUACACUGAAUGAUUGCGAAAAUCACACUGUAGUCGCAGUUUCCUCACAAGCGAGCUUGGUUCGGGAUAGAAAGCCUGAUUCUUCCGCAGGAAUGAAAGAACCUUUUGAUAAGGUAAAAACUACUAAACAGGAACCCAAAAUGAACGAGUUUAGUAACUUUGAAACAGCAAAAUGCACUAAUACGAUUUCUGUGUCUAAUUGCAACUCGAACGUAACUCACGAGUUUCCCCUAAAUUAUGAUUCCGUAAAAGGUCAAACAGGUGGCAGUUUUCAUGGUCGAGUUCAAGGUAAUCCGCAAUCGACGUCCGAUUACGGCGACCCCCACAAAUUAUCCGCUCAAUAUAGAUCUGAAAAGGACGCAAACGUAUGCAAUCAAAAUCAAAUAAAUUUUCAACAUGCGAGUAUUAACAAUCAUUCUUUGAAUUCCAAUACCGACAUCGAUAAUUUUUCCAACUUUAACAACUUAUUGUUGCCGACGGCUUUAAGCAACUGUAAGACCAAGGACGGCCACAUGCAAAACACCAAGCCAAAAGAUUAUUUGAACAAAUCCUACGACUUCACCUCCAACUAUAACAAUCAAAAGAAUGGGUGUUCUUACGCAAGCGUGGAGACUAACAAAAAUAAUAACGCGUUUUAUAGCAACGCCAAUAAUUGCUCUUAUAGUUAUCCUUCCGAUCUGAAUUUUCCCAACAACUACUUUAAGAACGUCUCCGCUAACGAACCCAAAAGCGAUUACGCAUGUUACGACAACUGCUCGAACUACAGGAAGCCGGACAUGCACGCGAGUAACAAUUAUUGUUCGAAUAUUCAACCGAUCAAAAAUGCCUACUCCAAUAACCAGACGAAAGCAAAGCCCCAGCAAAGUAAGCCGAUAAACUGGAUGACCGGGGAUAAUUCGGCCAACUGUAAGUUUGAUUAUUUCGUGCCGCCAUUUUCGAAGGAAAGUGAUUUCGGGCACAACUUGUAUUACAAUUCGUUUGGUGGCACCUCUGCAGCGACCACUACGUACUUCGGUACUCCAUCGAUAUAUACGGCUACGGAUCACAGCAGUAACGCGAUUACCGACCUGAAGAAGAACAUCGACCUGCCGCUGUCUCAGUUUAACUACAACCAAAAAACGGACGCCGACGAAAACCAAUUCUCUUGGUCGCCUUCAAAGGUUCCACAAUUUCUUGACCAUUCUCACUCUUUCGUUUCGUCUUCUUUGCCUACGCUGGUCGGAGAUUUGGCUUUGAACACUUCCCAAUACCCUGAACCUAAAGUUACAAAAGACAGAAAAGAGAGCGUAACGAAAAUGGUAAAUUAUGACAGCCAAAUAAACCAGUCGAAUUUUUUGUCCGUAAGCCAGCUAGUUGAACACUCUAAAGAUCCGGCACCCGUCAAAACGGCGGCUAGGAGGAACAGCGGCAACGCCCGAACAAAGUCGACUACCCCGAAAUGUAAAAGGGCCAAACAAGACGCGAAAGACGCGCAGAUUUAUCAGAAACCUAGCAAAAACAAUCAAGUCAAAAACGCUGGCAGCUUUAAUAUAAUCGAUCCAUACGACCAGAAACAUCAAAGCAAGAGUAUCGUCAAAAACGUCUCCAGCAGUUACUCUGCGGAGGCGCUGAUAGGGCAUCAAGCCCAGUCCAAUCACAAAACGAGCGUAUCCAAUUUCUUGCCAGAGAACAUAAUCUCUUACAUUCCGUCCAUGGAUUCCCAAGCGUCACAAGCGAGUUGUUACAUCCAGCAGAAUCAAAAUUAUCAAACGACGUCAUUUCCUCAUAAUCUACCGCCUUCGUUCCAAAACAACAGCUUCACGACCAAGAGUUUCAUCCCGAGCGUUUCGACGUUGACGACCACCUAUUUGCCGACGACGGGCUUUCCGCAUGACGGGAACGUUCAAGAAUUCUAUACGGACAGCUUCAACGUGUUUCAAAAUAACGGGGCGUGCAAAGACAAGUCAUACAAAGAGUGCGGGAAGCAAACGACGAAAGUGGAUAAAAUCUUGAACGCCGGAAAUUGCAAAAAAGCGACGCGGAAAAAGAAUCCAAACGAUAAUAUCUUACCAGCGUUUGAUAUCCCGUUUCUGUCUAUGCCGGGCAGCAUUAAUUCUCCCAUUUUACCGGACGACUUCCAUCACACUACCUUUUUACCUCCAACUCCAUACCCUUGCAAAAAUCCGCUGUAUCCCAAACAGAAUACGGACCUAAGUGGAGGCGCGUUGUUGCCGUCUUUUCCACCGGUGACAGGAACUAAAUCUGGUCUGCAGCACCCGGACGUUUCACCGUCGGUCAAUUCGGGGGGCACUUCUUUGACCAACUUCAAUCUGAGCACGAUUUUUCCAGAAAUUACCAAGGGACCGUUGCCUAAUGUUUAUCCAGACCAUCGAGGUAAAGAACAGUCGAGAAACUUUGCAACUACAUCGUCCAAUCAAGUACCUUUCAUUAGUAAAUCGUCAUUUUCUUUUAAUUCUUAUAGCACUUCUUGAUUUUUGCUCUGGUUAUACGCUCGACGUCAGUUGUAUAUUUUGUAUUACUGUAAACGUAUGUAAAUAGUAUUUAUUUCAAGUACCUGAGUAAGACACCUGUUUUAUUGAGUUAUGUAAAUAAAAACCUAUUUGUAAGUUACUAAAUUAUUACACCUUUAAUCUCAGUGAACUAAGAUUAACGGUCGUGCUGCUCUAGAUCUUUUUGUCCAUUUUUUCCGAUUACAAU